AUGAUGGAAAGAAUAAGAAAAGAGAUGAUCCUGAUGGAGAGAGGGCUGCACAGCCCUACAGCUGGCAAAAGGCUCUCGAAUUUGUCAGACUCAGCUGGAAAUGCGGUGUUGGAGGCCCUUGAAAAUUCUCCGCACAGUGGUCGCCUCAGCCCGAGACUGACUGCCGCCUCCCUGCACAGCGCUAUAGGGGACAUCUCCGCCAAAGGCAAAUUUGAAAUAGACACUUUAUUCAAUCUCCAGCAUCCGAGCAGUGAAAGCACUGUCUCCUCCGAAAUCCCGCCGUCGGAAAGCAGGAAGAAAAUCAGCCUUUAUUCCGAAGUUGCUCAAGAGGCAGAUAUGAACAGUGAUGUGGAGGUGGGCUGCUCUGCGCUCCGCUCCCCGGCCAGCCUGACUUCCUCCCAGCUGAAGGAAAACAGUAACAAAGGCUACGCGGAGAGCAGCCCGACCCCCAGCGCCGCCGCCGCUCCCGCCGCCCCCGCCGCCGGCAUCGGCAGCCUGCACAGCGGCGGCGCGCUGGGCGGCUCGGCGGCGGGGGCCGACCAGGUGCGCCGCUACCGCACCGCCUUCACCCGGGAGCAGAUCGCCCGCCUGGAGAAGGAGUUUUACCGCGAGAACUACGUGUCGCGGCCGCGGCGCUGCGAGCUGGCCGCCGCCCUCAAUCUUCCCGAAACCACCAUCAAGGUGUGGUUCCAGAACCGGCGGAUGAAGGACAAGCGGCAGCGCCUGGCCAUGUCCUGGCCCCACCCGGCCGACCCCAGCUUCUACACCUACAUGAUGACCCACGCGGCGGCCACGGGCAGCCUGCCCUACCCUUUCCACUCCCACGUCCCGCUCCACUACUACCCGCACGUCGGGGUCACGGCCGCCGCCGCUGCCGCCGCUGCCUCGGGAGCCGCCGCAGCGCCCUUCGCCACCUCCAUCCGCCCGCUGGACACUUUCCGCGCCCUCUCGCACCCCUACUCCCGCCCGGAGCUGCUCUGCAGUUUCCGACACCCCGGCCUCUACCAGACGCCGGCCGCCGCCGGCCUCAACAGCAGCGCGGCCGCCUCGGCAGCAGCAGCGGCGGCGGCGGCGGCGGCGGCGGCGGCGGGCUCGGGGCCUCCGGGGGGCUCGGCGCCCUGCUCCUGCCUCAGCUGCCACAGCAGCCAGACGGCGUCGGGGCGGGGGGCGCCCCCGCGUUCGGCCAAAAAUGGCCGGAGCGCCGGGACCGUAACUCGCCCUGAGGACCGCAAGGGGAGCAUCCCUCCGAGCCAGCGGGCACCUCACCUGGGGCCCGGGGGAUUUAGAAGUGGGACUAACGGGGAGUCGCCCUCCCUCCGGCUCCCACAUUCUAGAGGACAACAAAACUUUGCCCUUCUAAAACUUCAUAACCACCCACACUCUGGAAAGGCCGCCUGUCCCGUGGAGGCCCCAGGGUCUGGCACUGCUGUCGCCAUGUCCCACACCGAGUUCCCCGAGAGGGACAGACUGAAAUCAGGAGCCACGAGAAACAACCCGGGAUUUCGCUGCGGGCGUGCCAUAUCUUGUCUGGCUGGUGCCUUUAUAGGGAUAGAGACAGAGACUAUUUUUUCACCGUUUCACUUCAAUAAAGUCAUCCCAAGGCAUUAUUUACAACCGCACAUAAUUUACCUAUGCUAUUUGGCAAAGCAACUUCGAAAAAGAAAGUGA